CAGACGUCUGCUCUUCCGCUGUACAACGUGUUCCACUGGCGAGUAAAGUACUUCGAAAUAUUUAGGGCCAUUCGAGCGCACCUGCGAUCACGAUCAUUCGCGGAAUUGGAGCAACGUGAGGAGAAAGAAUCAUGGAACGAUGGGCCGGGAAGUCGGCGAUCGUUACCGGCGCGGCGUCCGGCAUCGGCCGAGCAAUCGCGCUGGCUCUUCUAGAGAAAAGGGUUAACGUGCUCGCGCUGGAUGUACAAUCUGACAAAUUGUCGACUCUCACCAACAAGUGGGAGCAGCUAAAAGAGCGGGGCAAUUUAUGCGUAAGACGUUGCAACGUGAGCAACGAGCAAGACCUGGACAACGCGUUCUCCUUCGUGGAGAAUACAGACGAGUGGAACCGCGGCGUAGAUAUCAUGGUAAACAACGCCGGAGUUAUCGAGUAUACGCGCGUCAUUGAGAGCGACAGGAUGGCAUUCGAAAGGCUGUUAAAUAUUAAUGUCCUGGCGACCGCCGUGUGCAUCAACCGGGCGGUGCGCUCGAUGCGCCAGCGAAACGUCGAAGGGCAUAUUUUCAAUAUCAACAGCGUGCUGGGACACGAAAUUCCGAGUGGAUUCCUUUCGGAAAUCGAUGGCUGUAAUGGCUGGAACCUGUACCCGACUUGCAAACACGGCGCUGUUGCAUUAACGCACACGGUGAGACGGGAAUUGGCGGCCAUUAAAGCACCGAUUCGAAUCACCAGCAUCAGUCCAGGCAUCGUCGACACGGACAUAGCCAGGCACUCGCCUCAAGUGGCGAACGCAUUGGAAAAUGUGCCGGCCCUUCGACCGGAGGACGUCGCCGACGCAGUGAUCUACGCGUUAGGCACACGACCGGAAGUGCAAGUCGUUAAGAUAGGGAUCGUUGGUGGGACAUCAUUUGCAUUGGGGCAAAGUGGCGUCGAGCAGUCAGUUCAGUUUAGACAAAGAGUGGCACACGAUGAUAGUAGCGUCGUUGAUGAAAUUCUAGAUUACCGAGCUCACUAUUCAACGCACGGGUGAAGCCUAAUAUUCUCGAUGCGUUCGAUGCAUUCAGAGCGUACAUCACGCGCGUAUACGUUAGACACCCUUGCGAGACAUUAAACACACGAAAAUUCUAGCAUACGUGAAAACUCAGAAAAACUUGUGUAACAAAGGGGUGAGAGGUGGUGGUGAUUCGCACAAUUAAUUACGAAACAUCAGGAAUAAUCCAUGUACAUCUAUCAGCAAUAAAGUUUACCAAAUUUCAAA